AUGUGUGAGGUGCUGGUGCGGGAGCUGGAGCAGCACCAGCUGCUUCCUAAAAGGUUGGAUUGGGAAGGAAAUGAGCAUUAYAGAAGUUACGAAGAAUUGGUGCUAUCGAACAAACAUGUGGCUCCAGAUCACUUGCUACAAAUUUGUAAGCGUAUUGGCCCUAUACUGGAUAAGGAGAUACCACCCAGCAUUUCGAGAGUGAAUUCCUUACUUGGUGCAGGGAGGCAGUCAUUGUUACGUACAGCAAAAGAUUGCAGGAACACUGUUUGGAAGGGCUCUGCGUUUGCUGCUCUUCACAGAGGAAGACCUCCCGAAAUCCCGGUGAAUUAUGGCCUGCCGCCGAAUCUGGUGGAAGUAUAUCGAGCUAAACAACUCACCGGAUAUGCAAAGUUCAGUACUUCAUUUCCAGGAUGUAUGUAUCAACAUAUAAAGAUGCACAGACGGAUUCUUGGCCAUCUUUCUUCUGUGUACUGUGUUGCAUUCGAUAGGACUGGACAUAGGAUAUUUACUGGCUCAGAUGACUGCUUGGUAAAAAUUUGGUCAACUCACAACGGCCGGUUAUUUGCCACGUUACGAGGACAUUCAGCGGAGAUUUCGGAUAUGGCCGUCAACUACGAGAACACUAUGAUUGCAGCGGGCAGCUGCGACAAAAUGAUCCGAGUGUGGUGCCUCCGAACCUGCGCGCCCGUUGCUGUCCUCCAUGGACACACAGGGUCCAUUACCUCACUGCAGUUUAGUCCAAUGGCUAAAGGAUCCAUGCGAUAUAUGGUCUCUACUGGCGCUGAUGGAACUGUUUGCUUUUGGCAAUGGGAUACAGAUUCCAUGAAAUUCAACAAUCGGCCAGUGAAGUUCACGGAGAAGCCCAGGCCGGGGGUUCAGAUGCUUUGUUCCUCCUUCAGCGUAGGUGGUAUGUUUUUAGCAACUGGCAGUACCGACCAUGUCAUCAGGAUGUAUUAUUUUGGCUCCGAAAUGCCUGAGAAAAUAGCUGAAUUGGAAAGUCAUGCUGACAAAGUUGACAGCAUUCAGUUUUCUAAUAGUGGUGAUAGGUUCAUAAGUGGCAGCAGAGAUGGAACAGCUCGAAUCUGGCGUUUUGAACAAGCAGAGUGGAGGAGUAUUCUGUUGGAUAUGGCUGAUCGAUUACCAGGUAGUGAUUCAUCUUCAGAAGAAGACAAAUUUAUGAAGCCUAAAGUAACAAUGAUAGCGUGGAACCAGAACGACAACUACGUUGUUACGGCUGUGAAUAAUCAUCUUCUCAAAGUGUGGAAUUCCAAUACAGGGCAGUUGCUUCAUGAUUUGGUGGGGCAUGCAGAUGAAGUAUUUGUCUUGGAGACCCAUCCUUUUGAUUCCAGGAUUAUGUUGUCUGCGGGUCACGAUGGCAACAUCUUUAUCUGGGAUAUUACAAAAGGCACGAAAACGAAGCAUUAUUUUAACAUGAUUGAAGGCCAAGGACACGGUGCUGUUUUUGACUGUAAAUUUUCACCAGAUGGGCAGCAUUUUGCAUGUACAGAUUCUCAUGGGCAUCUCUUGAUAUUUGGUUUCGGCUGUAGCCGGCCUUAUGAAAAGAUUCCUGAUCAGAUGUUCUUCCACACUGACUAUCGACCACUUAUUCGAGACUCUAACAAUUAUGUCCUAGAUGAGCAGACUCAACAGGCUCCUCAUCUCAUGCCCCCCCCCUUCUUAGUAGAUGUGGAUGGAAACCCUCAUCCAACAAAAUAUCAAAGAUUGGUGCCGGGAAGAGAGAACUGUGCUGAYGAACACUUAAUACCUCAACUUGGAUAUGUAGCAACAAGUGAUGGAGAAGUGGUUGAACAAGUUAUAGGCCAACAAACAAUUGAUCAGGAUGAACAAGGCUUGGAGCCCAGUAUUCUUGAUGGCAUGAUUAGACAGUUACAGCAACAACAAGACCAAAGAAUGGGAGCUGAUCAAGAAACUGCCUCAAGCAGCCUACAAAAUGGAGAAGGAACCCCUAGAAGAGCGUUCAGAAGACCGAGCUUGGACAUCCAGUCUCCUCCGAACAUCGGCCUGCGGCGCAGCGGCCAGGUGGAGGGAGUGCGGCAGAUGCACCAGAACGCGCCGCGGAGCCAGAUGGCCACUGAGCGGGACCUGCAGGCCUGGAGGAGAAGAGUAGUCGUCCCAGAAAUACCACCAGCCUUGCUAAGGAAGCAGGAAGAAUAUCGAAUUGCAAAAGGAGAAGAGGAGAGAGAUCUUUAUGCAAUGGAGAGGAAAAGAAAGUCAUUCCAGUCAUCAGAAAAGAGUGACUCUGAAUCUUCAUUAAUACAAUCUAAGCGUAGACUGCAUAGACGCAAAUACCCAAAUUACCGAACACGGAAAAACAUUGAACAACUUGAGUCUUCUGAUGAGGAAAGAGAUGACUGCUUUGGCUUGAUAGAGCAAGAAGCUGAAGAAAGUGAAGGCUCUGGCUCAUCUGAUGAAGAGGAAGAAUGGAGAAGUGACAAAAAAAGCAACAGUAAUAGUUCUAGCGAUUCUUCAAGCAGGUACUCUGACUGGAUCGCUGACGCAGGGAUUAAUCUGCAGCCUCCCGUGCGGACUUCUCGAAGGAAAGCUGUCCGAUACUGCAGUACUUCAGAAGAYGAAGUGUCAGCAGAGAAAACGUCUCCUCCAAAGAGAAGAAGGAGAAAAAGAAGGAAAAAGCCAAAACCGAAAAAACAGGAGGAGGCUGGUGCUUCAACACAGCCAGCAAACUCGGAUUUGUCGUAUGACUGGCAUCCUCCUGUUUGGAUCACRGACACUGCUCUUAGACGAUCUCCGUUUGUACCUCAGAUGGGCGAUGAGGUAAUAUAUUUCCGACAAGGACAUGAGGCUUACAUUGAAGCGGUUAGAAGAAAUAAUAUUUAUGAGCUGAAUCCACACAAGGAGCCAUGGAGAAAAGUAGUCCUUAGGGACCAGGAGCUGGUAAAAAUUGUUGGAAUCAGAUACGAAGUUGGUCCUCCCACGUUGUGUUGCCUCAAGCUUGCUUUUAUAGAUCAUGCCACUGGAAAACACACAGACAAAUCAUUUUCCAUCAAGUACCACGAUAUGCCAGAUGUCAUUGACUUCCUUAUACUGCGCCAGUUCUACGAUGAAGCACGGCAAAGAAACUGGCAAGCUUCUGACAGGUUCCGCUCCAUUAUCGAUGAUGCCUGGUGGUUUGGGACAGUGUUGGGUCAAGAACCGUACCAACCUCAAUAUCCAGAUAGCCACUUCCAGUGUUACAGCGUUAAAUGGGACAAUGGUGAAAAUGAAAAGCUUAGUCCGUGGGACAUGGAACCAGUCCCUGAUAAUGUUGAUCAGCCUGAAGAAUUAGGAGCCAGCGUUUCCGUGACUUUCGACGAGAUGGAGAAGCUGCUCUACAAGCCCCAGGAAGGGGAGUGGGGGACGCGCUCCCGCGAUGAAGCCUGCGAGCGGAUCAUCAGCGGCAUYGAUCAGCUCCUCACUCUGGACAUGUCAGCAGCCUUCGCUGGUCCCGUUGACCUGUGUACGUAUCCCAAGUACUGCACUGUGAUUGCUUAUCCGACAGACCUGAACACUAUUCGGACAAGACUGGCUAACCGAUUCUACAGGAGAAUCUCUGCAUUGGUUUGGGAAGUAAGAUACAUUGAAAGCAACGCCAGGACUUUCAAUGAACCUGGGAGUGCUAUUGCUAGAGCUGCAAAGAAGAUCACUACACAACUCCUGAAGUUUAUCAAUGAUCAGGAUUGUACAAAUAUCUUUGAAUUAUGUAGCACAACAGAUGAUGAGAAAGAUGAUGCUGAUGAUCUGGAUGAUGAGAAAUGUCUUCCGAGAACUUCCUAUAGAAGAAGAAAGGGAAGAGCUGUAAAAAGAGGAAAAAGUGUGAAAACUGGCUAUGAUGAAAAUAGCUGGAAGAAACAGUGCAUGGAACUAGUGAACCUAAUUUUCCAGUGUGAAGAUUCUGAACCUUUCAGGCAACCAGUUGAUUUGGAUCAGUAUCCUGACUAUAGACAUAUUAUAGACACUCCAAUGGACUUUGGCACAGUGAAAGAAACACUGGAAGCUGGAAAUUACGACACUCCAAUGGAACUGUGCAAAGAUAUAAGGCUAAUAUUUAGUAAUGCUAAAUCUUACACUCCAAACAAAAAAUCAAAGAUUUAUAGUAUGACCCUGAGAUUGUCGGCACUGUUUGAAGAGAAAAUUAGAAGAAUUGUUUCAGAUUUUAAAAAUGGCCAGAAGCAGAAUGAAACAUUACGCAAAAAACGAAGAUAUACUAGAAGAAUUUUGAGUCAAAGCUCAGUGCAGACUCCUACCAAAACGCUUAGAAAUUUGAAGCAGAAACCGUUGAAAUCUCAGGCAAAAGUGGAAUCUGAGCAGGAAGAUGCCUCAGCUCUACCUACCUCAAGCAGAGCGGCGGGUGUGACGAGCCACAAAGGGAACGCUGGCAGUUACGCCCGCAGUUCCUCGGGGGAAUCCUCUGAUGGCGCCGGCCCGGCCGCCUUCGAAAGGAACGGCAAGGCGCGGGCGGCCGCGCUCACCAACUGCUCUGCCUUGUCGUCGGAAAGUGAGAUAGAAGGUUCUUUGGGUUCUUCCUCGUCUUCAUCCUCUACCAGUAGCUCAGAAGACAGUAAAGAAAGUGCUCCUGCUCUUAUAUCACCCCCACAGCAAAAUGGACUAUCUAGAAGAAAGAACAACAAUUUCAGGAUAACUAGAAAUCGAGCUGCUCAAAGAAAACAGAUAGGAACCAUUCCACAGGAGAAUGGGAAUACAAGAAGAACUGCCAGGAAAAGGUUAUAUGGAAGUGACUCUGAAAACACUUCAGUGGUGACGCCCGAGUCGCCGAGUAAUAAUACUGGUCGACACAGGAAAACUCCCCGCAGAAGCGCUGCUCUGGCUGCCAAUAAACUGAAGCUAAUGAGCGACGUGGAGGAAGAGGUGUCGAGCUCGGAGAGCAUCGGCAUCGGCUGCAAGAACCGAAAGCUGCCSCACCGCAGCGCCUCGGCCGCGGCCCGGAGGAUGCUGCUCGACGGCUCCGAGGACGACGUCGGGCUGAAAUCGGAAAGUGAAAAGGAAGGAGAAGAGAAGUUUACCAAGAGGAAAGCGGUGUCGCAGCCAGGUUCGUGUGCCGCAAGAAGGAAGUUCAUUAGCGAAUCUGAAAAUGCGACGUCGGAUUCGGAGGCGGACACACAAGCGAGGCAGAAAAACUGGCAAAGCAACGGCCAUAAACAGCCGCGGGGCAGAGCCCGUUCUGCGUCUCCCGAGGCAGACAGCCCCACGCGAGGACUGUCGGAGGAGGACUCCAAAAGCCAUAACUCRGAGGAUGGGAGCAGCCAGAAAGCUUCUGACCAGUCAACCUCUGCGCGUAAGCCUGCAAUGAGCAACUCUGAGGAUGAGGCCGAUUCUGAAUCGGAGAAGUGGAGCGGUAGAAAAAUGACUGGUCAGCAUCUCGUUGCUCCUUUGAAGAAGACAAAAGUCUUGAGUGAUCUAGAGGACAGUGCAGAAUCUGACAGAGAAGACAAAAAGGAUGGGAGAGGUUUUGUUUCGGAGAGCUUGGUGCCAUCUAGAAUUGCAGAGAGUUCAAAAUCUGGAGCUGAUACCACCUUAAAUUGCUUUUCUGAUACAGAAUUGGAAACAGAUUCCAAUAACAGUAAUUGUGGCACUUUAAAGACAAGGAGGAGGAAAAGAAAAGGAAAAACAAAACUCAUUAGAAAAGACUCACCAUCUGAGGAAGUUGGUCCAAGCGGAAAAGUGCUCAGGAGCAGGACAUGUAUAAUUAACUACAAGAAACACAUAAAGCUGUCAAAUACGACAGAGAGGAAGAAUCCACGCAGAUGUGCUACUCUGGCAGCUAAUAAGAUUAAGAUAAUGAGUGAUACGAAGGAGGAAUUGUCGAGCUCAGAGAGCGUUUGCACAGGAAAAAAGAGCAGAAGGCAGCUUCACGGCAGUGGCUCGGCAUUGUCCAGGAAAAAAAUGAUCAGCAGCUCAGAGGUAGAUGUUAGUUUAAAGUCUGAAAGUGAGAAAGAGCAGUUUGCUGGCAGGAAAAGACUUUCUUGCUCUAAUUCUGCAUUUAAAAGAAAGUAUAUUAGUGAAUCUGAAAAUGAAAAAACAGAUUCUGAGGCAGAGGUAGAAGUGACUCAAAAGCAGAGUGACGAUGACCACAAGCAGCCACAUGGAGCCGACCCUGCUGCAUCUCUUAAAAAUGCCAUAUAUGACUUUUCAGAAGAGAAUUCCAGAAACCACAGCAUGGAAAAUGGGCAAAAUUGGAAAAGUUCUAGUCGGUCAACUUCAUCCCACAACCAUUGUAUAGCCAGCAACUCUGAAGAGGAGGCAAAUUCCGAGGUAGCCAAACAUGAAGCUAAAAAUGCCAGAGGAGUGUCAAAUAAAAAGUCUAGAACUACUUUCAAAAGAGCAAAAUUACUGAAUGAUGUAAAAGAAGCAGCUGAAUCUGAAGCAGCGGGAGGGAAAGAUGAGAGGAGCUCAGUAUCAGAGAAUGUGGAAACACGCGGGGCUGCAGGAAGUUCAAAAGCCGGUUUCAAUUGUUCUUCUGAUUCAGACUCUGGCACUGAUAACAAUAACUCUAGUGAUGCCACAGAAACAAAGAAGAGGAAAAGGAAAGCAGAGGUCAGUAGGAAAGAAAUCUCAAACUCCAGUUUGCCUUCCAGAAGACCCCAACGAAGGAAACGUUGUAAACUUAAUCAAGAAAAUGACUCGGAAGAUCUGGAUUUCACCAAGUACAGAAGAGCCAAUCGGCGUUCUAAGAUAAGAACUCGGAAUGGGGGGAGACGGACUGUGAGAUACGACGAUUGCGAUGAAGACGACGAUGACAGAGGUUUAGAUGAUGUAGAUUGUGAAACGUAACCUUAAAAAGAAAAGCCAGCACACACUUUUUUUUUUUUUUUUUAUGGUAAUAGCACUAGAACUCAUGAUGGAUGCUGGCUCUUCUUUGUCCUACAUUUCAGGGAAUAUAUUUAUAUUUUUCUAUGAAAAAGUUAUGAAUGUGAUUAGAUCAUGACUUUCUCCUUUUCAUAUUUUGACUUGCACUUGCCUGCCCAUGUAGCAGCAUUUAGCACAGAUGCCAAAAUGUGCCUCAUUAUAGGGGCAAUUUUUUGUCUUUACUGGUAUUUUAUUACAUAUAACAAGAGUUAAAAAUGUUAAAACACUGCACAACAGGUUAAUAGCAGUAUGUUGAGUAUUAUUGUUAUGGGUGCUGCAAUGGAAUACUACCUAGGUCAUACAACAUUAACACAGUGAAGAACAGAUUUCAAACAUCUCUAAUGCUGUAUGAAAUCAUAUACAAUAGUAACAGGCUUAUAAAUAAUACCGUACACUAUAAGAAUCUGUUGGAUGCUAAUAUUGCAUUAGAGGAGUCAUGAAUGGCCACUAGGUUAACAACUUUACGGCUUGUAUUAGUACAGAUGUUAAAUGUUCUGUACUUCCAUUAUGGAAAACAUACAACUAGAACCAGUUACCAGUGAAAAACAUAUUUGGCAGUUAAAAAAGCAUUAUGGUGCUGGUGAAGAGAGGGUUUAUGCUGACAGGUAGUACUAUCAUCAUUAAUGUGACUUCUAUACUGUAAAUUUAAUAAUAUGAAAUGCAGGUGAACUCUUGGGCCUAAGGGUUUUUGUGUGUUUUCUUUAUAAAAUAGAAAAACAAACAAAACACUUGUUCUGUUUUCUUUAAUGCGUGAAAUGGUUGAGGUUCAGAAUUGUUACAUUCCAGACCUUUUUUGCUAUUUCUUCAUUGUUCUUCCAUUAUUUAAAUUGAAGUGCUUUAAUAUUAGACUGCUGCAUUGAUUAAACCUUACCCGUUUCUGACUAUUCUAGUACCUCAUCUACUAGUUUUGGGAAUGCUGAAGACUGCUGUUGUUGACAACAAAUAAUUAUUGCGUAGAAGUAAUUCUCCUGCUAAAAUAUGUAAAUUCUUGGAUGGCCAUGUAUCAGAUACGAGGAUUUGACCUAAUUUGACUUUCAGCUCUUCCUUGAGACGUGCUUUCCAGUAGCGAACUGGUCGAGGAGCAGCUUUUCAAUUCCCCUUGGCGAGCAGAAAACCUGCUGCAGUAGCUGUAGCUGCUUUACUGGCUUGAUGACCUGUACUCAGCGGAGCUGUGCUGGCUGGAGCUGUAAGGUUACUGCCUUUCACCCAAUUCCUGCGCCUUUCCCACUCUCCGCUGUGGUUUUCCUGCCUCUGCUUUGCUGUGUCGGUUUCUCCCAUGGUUGUGAUUCUCAUCKCUGUUCAGUAGGCAGGAGAUGUGCUUGUAUAAUUCUCC